AUCCACCCUGCCUGGACCAUAAGGAGUAUUUAGUGAGCCGCCGAGAACCCAAACAGCAGACACAACACAGAGCAGCAGCCCGGGAGCCGGCCGAGCAGCCGACGCAGCACAGGCAUGAACGACAUCAAGCUGGCCCUGCUGGGGAGUCAGGGAGCCGGGAAAUCAGCUGUCCUUGUACGGUUCCUGACCAGGCGCUUCAUCGGCGAAUAUGCCUCCAAUGCCAACUCCUUGUACCACAAAAGGCUGUCAAUCGAUGGCAGGCAGCUGAAUCUGGAGGUUUUUGAUCCCUGCUCGCAGGGCUCGGAGGCCAGGUGCAUCCUGGAGGAGCCGGUGGACUGGGCAGACGGCUUCGUGGUGGUGUACAACAUCAGCGACCGCACGUCCUUCAUCAACGCCAAGACGGUCCUGCGGCAGAUUCGAGAGGCGCGCAUGGACAACUGCAAAGGGGAGACGGACGUCCCCGUGUGCCUGGUGGGCAACAAGCAGGACCUGUGCCACGCCAGGCAGGUGUGUGAGGAGGAGGGCCGCUGCCUGGCGCAGGAGAACCGCUGCCACUUCCAGGAGGUCUCGGCGGCCGAGAGCUACCAGGACAUCGCCAACCUCUUCACGCAGCUCAUCCGGCAGGUGAUGGACCACCUGAAGUACCGGGCCGACCGGCGGCGCUACAGCGGCUCCAAGUCCAUGGCCAAACUCAUCAACAACGUGUUCGGCAAGAGGAGGAAGUCGGUGUGAGGGGAGACGGGACGGACUUUGGCGGUGUUGUUUUUUUCCUUACAGACCCGUUUUAAAGGGAAAUCUCUGAAAUGCUAAGAAGGGUCACUGCUGAGAGUAGAUCACACCCUCCGGGUCUAAAAGCUGAGCAACAUGGAAGGUGUUCAAACGCAUGGAUGGUCAUUAUAGACCGUCAGAAUUAAUGGAAACUACUUCUCCGACUCGAACUGAAAAAUGGGUCAAUUACCACGUCCAAGAUCAGUUUACUCUGUGCCCACAAUCCUUCACAAACAAAAACCACUUGGUUAGGUUUAAUAAGUAAAAGUCCUGAUCUUCCUGCUACAACAACUAUGUUUGAGAUGUCAACAUUGCCUUUCUAAGAACUGUUGACGGUCGCCAUUUUUCCGGGAACAAACUCCAGUCCUUUGGAUGAUAAUCAACCAUCCUCUUAAUCCUCCUCCACACACACAGCUUGUUUUAGCCUCUUCUUUCAGCCACCAGAAGACAAGACAGUGCUUUUCCCUUUCUUCUGUUGUUCUCACUCUGGCCGCUAGAGGUCGCACUCCAACACAGGUCUCUAACAGCUCUUGUACCAGAGUUUUCUUGAUUUAGAAGAAAUAUUCUAAAAGGUAUGAUUGGAAAUGCUGAAAUUUAACCUUAUUUGUGUUUUUCAAGACAGAAAAGCAAAAGAAAAACAAAAAACCCCCUCUUGAUUCAGAUUUAUUUUUCCCCCCAGAUGGAUGUCAGACAGUUCUUUGUGUGUUGUGAAGUGACUUUCUUCACAUUAAUUAAAAGUGAGUGAAUGACUAAUGAGACCGUUUGGUUCCUCGUCAACCACUGUGUGCACAAACUGAAUAAAGAACGGGAUUAAUCAGACAGGAAGCCUGAGUAUGAAGGCAACCUGGAAUAAAAUCAUCAAGUUCCACAUUUGGUGUUGUUUUUAGUGGGUUGUACAAGAGCAGAGCUUUGCAUAAAUACCGUCUAAAAAUACAAAGACUACGACUUAAGUCGAAUAACAGACUGAGUAAACAAGACGAAAGAGAAGUAAUGAAACCGUCCCGUGCCAAUUCUGAAUGCUUUGCAGGUUUUCGUUCUUCUUUCCAGGCAGAGUUUUCUGUCAUUCAGAAAAAAGGAAGACUUGAAACAUACUGGGAAGAUUCAUGUUCGAAUCAGUUCACUCAUCGAGACCGCUCCUCCGUCCGUCCUGAGGAGACACGGCCGAGCCGAUGAGCUGCUGAUGAGCCAGUGACACUGAAAUGUUCCAAUCAGGCCAACUUCACACUGAAACCUAACAUUUGUGAAAGAUUUGCACGGCACCAUCAGCGUGUCUCUACUGUUGGCGGGCACGGCGGCGCGCUGAGUGAAGAUAUCAACACUAUGCACAUGUUCAAGAGGAAAUCACAGCCAAAAAGCUUUACAAAAAACACCUUCUUUAAAACUCUGGCUUCAGUUUAGAGCAGGAUUCAAGUCCAUGCAUUCAGCCUGCAGCUCAGGAGGGUUUAUAAUAAUGUACAUUAGGGAAAUUCCAGUUAAUAUGCAUAUUUUAUACUUCAGUUUAGCAAAUGUCUUAUAUAUAAAAGCUAACCUCUGCACCCAUGUUUGUUGAAUAAAGCAUAUUUCUAUCCAUAUGAAUAAAUCUGUACAGUGUCAUCUACUGCAUGAUAUACAACAAAACUGAGAACACAAGUUGAAAGAAUGAAAAUCAUGUCAAUUUUAAACUUUAAAAGAAAAUAAAAACCACGAAGGCUUGUAUUGAAUUUAAACUGAACUCCAGCCUGAGCUCAGCCUUCAUUAGAAACACUCCUUUCCUCUGUCUGAUGACAGCCGGACCCUCCUGGCCAUUCAUUCCCGUCCUGCUCAGCUCUGUCCAGGGAUUUUCUGCAUUUCUCCGCUGAUGCUCCUUUUCAGCUGCUCGCAGCUGGAGGCUUUCCGUUAAUGCGUUUCCCUCUUCCCUUUCCCCUUAAAUAGCUUUGAGAUUUCCAAAAACAUCCCAUUCCUCCUGGAGUGGGAUUAUCAGUGUUACAUCUGGCGCUGAUAAGAGGCCGAGGACGGGAUCCGGAGACACACCCAUGUUUGGGAACAGUUUUUGCUCCAGUGAGAAACUCAAGCCUUUAACUGUGACAUUUACACAUGCAAAAUAUUCUUCUUUUCAUUCAUCUCCAUUUUAGUUCUUGGUAACCCAGUUUCCUCUCACACAUCAGAUAAUAUUUGCUCUUUUCACAUUUGUAUUUCCACUACAGAAUGAAUUGUGGUAAUAAAGGUCUUUCUAUUCAUUUUUUUACUUUACCUCCUGACCCCUCCUGCAUCCCUCUUUUUCCAUCAUGCUGAAUCGUAAUGCGUGAGCUUCAUUUAUUAUGUUAAAGCUCUUCAAAAUGUUGGGCUCAUGCUUUUUAUUACACCAAGUAAUAGUAUGUGGAUGACUGUGUUUUCACUUAAUAUAAUAAUAUUUCCAACAGGAUUAACAGGAAAUUAAUUAUAGGUAAAUUUUUUAAUGAAUUUUCUACAACUGCCAUACAUGAUUUUGCACUUAAUUUUCUCCAUACAUACUUCUGUUAUUUAAUUUUAACAAAUUAAUACUUUUACCCUCCACAUUCUUUCUUUGGUUUUUCUUUUUACAUACAUCCCCAAAAGCAUCCCGAAGCUCUUCCAUCAGUCUGCUGCACAUUCUGGCAUAUAUCCACAUGGUAUAAAGAGCGUUCUUGUGUUAGGUUCAUAAUAUAUUACAGCUAAACCAGUCCAGGGCUGGAAUGCGCUGAAAAGUGUUAUAUCAUGUCUGUUAUAUCAUCAUUACGACAUACAGAGAACAUGCACCACACACUGUGGAAAAAAAUGGUGUCAAA